AUGGCGUCAGUUGGUGUGGCGAGCGGAGACCGCACAAAUGCGAUCUUGUAUCCAGAAGCGACGCGUGAGAGUUGCGAGCCAAUCAGGAGUGACCAAAGAUCGCAACACGAACCCAACGUGCAGAGGAAAAGUGACGUGAAGACGGAGAGCGGUGAGACUUCGAGAUUUGCGCAGGAGAGCAGUAGCAGAUUGAAUCUCACUUCGAGAUUUGCGCAGUCGAGCACAGAGGCGAAGUAA